AUGUUACCUUCGGUUCCAGAAGGGGUAAAUGCUUCGUUUAAAAAGGGCCCAGGCCUCUACGAGUUCCUCAUAGAAGCGGAACUACAGCAAUACUUUAAUAGUUUUAAGAACACUCUAAAAAUUACUCAUCCCUCACAAUUAAAAUUCACAACGGAAGGAGAUUUGAUUGAGAUAGGAAUGUCUAAGCCCGAGAUGAGGAGGCUUAGGAAGUACUACGAGAAGCAUUUUCCUCAUAAUUACUUAUCCAAGUUUAAAAAACUGUUAACGCACAGGAAGCAAGAAAAUGCCGUAAAUGAUGUCGCACUUCUUACCAAUACGGAUUCCAUGACUCUUUCUAAAGCACCUAGAGUUUCUAGCAAGCACAUCAUACCCUCUUCUAGUAUUACAAUUAACAAGGAAUUGGGAAUGGGAGAGUUUGGUGUUGUUCAACAGGGCGUUUGGUGUAACGAAGGGGAAAGAAUACAAGUUGCAAUAAAGUGCCUAUCACGAGAUAGGAUGCAAAGCAACAUGGUCGAAUUUCUAAAAGAGGCAUCGAUAAUGCACAACAUAGACCAUCCAAAUAUUGUACGUUUCUUUGGUGUGGUAUUACCGAAUAUCGAUGGUAGUUUGAUGUUGGUAACCGAAUUGGCCCCAUUGAGAUCUCUUUUAGAAUGCCUUAAAGAACCGUCGUUGCGGUCCAGUUUUCCUGUUCUCACCCUCUGUGAUUUUGCCUAUCAGAUUUGUGACGGUAUGCAAUAUUUGGAAGCCAACAGACUGAUUCAUAGAGAUUUAGCCGCCCGCAAUAUUCUUGUAUUCUCUAAAAAUAAGGUAAAAAUAUCGGAUUUCGGCCUAAGUCGGGCCCUCGGUCAGGGCAAGGAUUAUUACCAGACGAAUUUCAACGUCAAUUUGAAACUGCCUAUUGCCUGGUGCGCACCGGAAUGUAUCAGUUACUUGCGAUUUACAACGGCUAGUGACGUUUGGGCGUUCGGGGUCACCCUAUGGGAAAUGUUUUCCUACGGUUUUCAACCUUGGGCCGCCCUGACGGGACAACAGAUAUUAGAAGCGAUAGACGAACCGAAUUUCCAAAGAUUAGAACAGCCGGACUGUUGCCCGUUGGAUCAUUACAAUUUAAUGUUGGAUUGCUGGAAGCACGAGGCCGCUUCGAGGCCCCGUUUCGCCGAUAUCGGUCCCAUUCUUGCCGAAUCUCGACCCGAACAAGUUCAGGCCAAGGUAUCAUCUAACGAUGGUUCUCAUUUUUUAAACUACAGGGUAGGAGAUGUGAUAACUGUAUUAGAUAAGAAAAAUAAUCAACCUCUUUGGAAAGGCGCCACCGCCGGCGGUAAAACGGGUUUAUUCGAUCCCGUCAAUGUCGUUGCUUAUUUGGGUAGCGAUUUGCCCAGUUCUUCUUUUCUGCGUUCCGACAGCACCAGAUCGUCGGCUCGCAGGAAAUUGCGCAGCGAAAUGAUUAGCGCUCCGCAGGGCGAUUUCAAACACACGGGUCACGUUGGAUUAGACGGUGCUUAUUUCGGCGAUCUCAGUUGGAUGGACGGCUCAAAAGGAAACUACGGAACACUUCCGACUCAAGUGGUGGCGCCGUACCGGCCGCACAAAGACCUCGAAGCCGCCCCUCUAUUGGAGAGCGAUCUCGUACCGGCUCCGGCGCCGGCGCCGUUACAAGAUCACGAAUACCACGAGAUCAGCGACGAGGAGAAUCCGAACAGUCCCGGCUUGGAUUUGGGACCAUCGUUGAUGGCCGAAAUGGAGAUGAUGUUUAGCUCGUUGGGCGCCCAAAAUCAUUCGCUCGACGCUCACGACGGUUCAAAUAGGAGCAACGAGUUGCGCGAGAAAUUGAACAAACCGAGGAAACAGGCGACGGUCAAACCGAUAUCGGCGCACGAUCAGAAAACUUUGGAUACCGCGAUCGCUUUCGCUAAUGAAAUUACUUCGAGAUCGAUGUCGGCGCCACCGCCUAUUACACCGGCAUCUCCGAAUAAGAAGAAAUUUAGCUUUAAAUUCCCAUCGGUGCACGAGCAUGAUAAGCACAACGAGAGGAGGAAUUUCUCGGAGGAAGCUUUGUCUACGUCUGAUUUACAGUCCAAAGUUACGCAAGAGGCGCAAUUGGCUUACGAAGGACUCGUGGAAAGCCCGGCACACGACGUUACCCAAUUGAUCGGUACGAAUCCUUUGCGAAUACUUCGAUCAGGACAACCGGUAAUAAACGCCCGAACUAGAUCAUCGAGCUUAGCAAGCACCCUACCACCUAAAAUGGGCGUUUUAAGUCGAAGUUCAAUACCGGAUAAUCUUAAUGGUAAACAAGAAUUUUCGACGUUACCUCGUCAACGACCGCCCUCACAUUCAUCAAAUUCAUCGAUAAACGGCGCCGCCCAAAAGGAUGAGAAUCCGAUUCCUUUACCGCCACGCGAUAAAAACAAAGCCCUUUUGGCCGCCAAACCGCGUCACACUCGAAAACAUCCUCUCAUAAUUCCACCCACCAGUCUACAGAGGACCCUUGAUAAAGUGAAUACCGUUUCUCCGCCGCCUCCAUCAUCAGGCGAGACGCCGUUCGAUCGAUCGGAGCCGGUCUACACCAAUCACAUGGUCAACGCGGGGGCGGGGGCGGCGGCGGCGGCGGCGAAAAAUCCCGAAUCGUUGCACUUCGAAGAUGAGAUCGAAUCGAAUCUGAACGCUCUGGAUCAAAUACCGAUCGAUCACGAAGACGUCGUCGACGGCGACGAUAGUUUCGCGGGAUUGAAAAGCGAUGAGGAAAAGAUGCACAGCCAUCACGUGAGUUGCGAAGAUCUGUUGAAAUUUGCGAAUUCGAAACCGCCUUCGAGGACGAGAGGAAACGAUUCCGACGAAGUGAGGAUCAUGUCGAAGGUGUUAGGGAAAGAUGUUACAACGGAGAAAUGCUUGCAAGCCCUCGACCAAUCCGAUUGGGACGUGAUGAAAGCUAUAAAAAUUCUCAAACUUCAAAACGUGGUAAACGCCGAUUUGUCCAAAUGUUUCAGAGGUUUGGAGCACACCUCUUGGGAUAUAACGAAGGCGGCACAAUGGAUUCUCCAGCAAGACGGAGAGGUUACUCAAGUUUAA